CAGUCACAUGACUCAGGCCGCUCUUCCCAAGGAAAAGAUGGCGUCGGUUUCAGAGCUGUACGAUGUAGGCUGGGAAGAGAUGCGAGACAAGCUGCGCAAAUGGAGAGAGGAUAACUGCAGAAACAGUGAACAAAUAGUGGACGUUGGUGAAGAGCUCAUCGGUGAACAUUCAUCUAAACUGGGGGAUGACAUAUGGAUUAUUUAUGAGCAGGUGAUGAUUGCGGCGUUGGACUGCAGUCGGGAUGACUUGGCUCUGACCUGUCUACAGGAACUGAGGAAGCAGUUUCCAGAUAGCCACAGAGUGAAGCGAUUAUCGGGCAUGAGACUGGAAGCUUUGGAAAGGUACGAUGAGGCCAACAAGCACUAUGAUGCUAUUCUUCAAGAUGACCCCACAAAUACGGCUGCAAGAAAACGCAAGAUCUCGAUAUUGAAGGCCCAGGGAAAGAGCCCUGAAGCCAUCCGGGAGCUCAAUGAAUAUUUAGAGCAAUUUGUUGGUGACCAAGAAGCAUGGCAUGAGUUGUCAGAACUCUACAUAAAUGAACAUGACUAUGGAAAAGCUGCAUUUUGUCUUGAGGAGCUGAUGAUGACCAAUCCUCACAAUCACUUGUAUUGUGAGCAGUACGCUGAGGUGAAGUACACGCAGGGAGGCCUGGAAAACCUGGAGCUGUCCAGAAAGUAUUUUGCCCAAGCUUUGAGGCUGAACAACAGAAACAUGAGAGCAUUGUUUGGUCUGUAUAUGUCUGCAAGUCACAUAGCUGCUAGCCCGAAGGUUAGUGCCAAGAUGAAAAAGGACAACAUAAAGUAUGCUGCCUGGGCUGCCAAUCAAAUAAAUAGAGCUUAUAAGAUGGCUGGUCGUGGGUCCAAGGAGAACAAGUGCUCUGUAAAGGCAGUGGAAGAGAUGUUGGAAUCGAUGCAGAUAACCAUGUCGUAGACAUCCUCCGCCAAGACCUUCUUCCUGUUGAUGACCACACACUCUUGGAGCCAUAUGGCAGCUCAAAUAGCCCUAUGGCGUGAAGUGAAACUUAAUCUAACAUAGGUUUGUUUUGUUUUGUGCCCUUUCAAAUUUGAGUCUGGUAAUUGGCUGACAUUGAUAUGGACAAUGGCAGAGUGUUGCUUCCUUUCAAAUGAACCUUUGAAUCCUGAAUUGAAAUGAAUCCUUUCAUUUGUCCUCCCAUCUGGUAUACUGUGGCACCAUUUCCAAGUCGUCUAACUUGCUUUAAUAUAGUUAACAUUCAGUUGUCCUUAGCUAAAAGGCUGCAACAAUGUACACAAGAAAGGGGGUAAGAUGUACAGUAGAUGCUAUUAAUCGAGACAGUGUAAAGACCUGUCUGCACUGAUUGAUAUCUAAGAAAAUUUGCCUUUUCGCGAAAUCAAGCAAAAUGUCUCAAUAAAAGUUAAAACUGAUAAAA